AUGUCGGAUGCCAAUAUGGAAGGUCGCAAUGGCGAUUUGUUAUCACUUGCCAAGCUUGAUACUAAACAACGAAUCGAGCAGGCAAAACUUCGAGCAGCCGAACGAAGAGCUCGUGAAGCAGCUGCAAGACGCGGGGAACAAGCUUCUCUAUUACCAUCCCGGUCACCAUCUUCCGCAUCGCCCUCCAUCACACAUUCUUUACCAUCUACUUCCAAUCAUGCAUCAACAACAAACAUUUUUCUUCCAUCACCGACUACAAAUCAUAAACGCAUCGAGCGGGCUAAAACACUCGAGGCACUAUCAACGAAGAUCGAUGGGGCGGGGAACUUUAAGCUUCAGGAACUGAUUAUGAACAUGAUAUUGAAAUGUUCAGGAGCAAAAGAGGUUGCGGAAUCCUUUUUCCUAUCGAACGGUGUGGAGGAGAACAACGAAGAAGACGGUGAAAAGAGACGAGAUGAUGCGGCGGAAUCAGAGGACACAGACGUGCAAACCACCAAUCACGUGACACAUGCCCGCGAUUAUGGCGCAAGCACUACUUCAAAUAUGGACCAGAGUCGAGAGGAUCCGUCAGCAAUUGAAGCAGGGCUUGGAGCCCCGGCGACGAUGGUGCUAAGUCAACAGAUUGGUGAAGCAAAUACCAGGCAAGAAUCUGUUUCACCACGUUUACAUCCAACUAUUUCUCCAGAGGACAGCUUGAUAUUGCACAAUAACGAGGUAGCCCGUCAAUCAAGUGUCUUGGAACUGAGAAGUCGCUCUGGUUCUGCGGACUCACAAAGCUUAGUUGACAGGCAACUUCUUCCCAUUCUCAAUAAUAAUCCACAGAAAGACCCUAGAACGAUCGAUAACCCAGGAUCGGAACCAACCUCGAUACACACAAACACGGAAACGCUUCAUAUUGCGAAUAAUGGCAAACCAAAAGAAAUUGUGUCCGCCACAGAUAUUUCGAAAGCGCUCGACACUCUUCUCAUUAGCGUCGCCAAGUCACGUGGAAUGACUGUUAAUGAUAAUUAUACGAGCGCGACUCCUCAAUCCUCAAUUCCUGGAGCAAGCGAGUCUGUCACGACUUCAGUAGAGAACAAUAGACCGCAAGAUGACAUGCUUCAAUUAGACAGUGACAUUUCAGUCAGAUACCUUGCUUUAGCUCGUGCUUCUGGUGUCGCCAAUUUUCCUUACGACCAACCUGCAAGUAUCAGAGCUGGAUCUCCACGCAAUGUAUCCACUAAAGAGUUGUCGUUUGAAGCGUUUAACAAUCUUGUUGAUAAUUUUCGGAGGAAUAUUAAAUCGAUGCAUGAAGCUCAUGUAAAUAAUGAGUCCCUGGGAAAUAUGAGGAGUCAAGGAGUUCAAGAGGAUUUCAGUGAUGCUAGUGAUCUGGGCAGUCCUAUUCCUAUCGAUCUAAAUGGCCAGGAGUUGGAUGGAAACUUAGUUCGUAUCGACGGCGCCAAUCCGGGCGUCGAAAUAAUUACGCCCAUGGCAGAGUCAACGGAUAGCGAGGAAGAUGAAUAUGAUUUCCUAGACAACAUGCCAAGUAGUCAUUACAACUGCGAUAAUUGUCGAAAGCCAAUCGUGUUACCUGAAGGUUCAAUUGUUAGUCUGAUGAGUCCAGCACCUACCACAUGUCUGCAUUGCAAGACUCGAAAAGCUGCAGGGGUCACACGUAGGAGACUGGGGGCUGGAUCUCGAUCAAGCGUUGUUGCAGAAUCUCCCAUAUCUGAGAUAAGCAAUCGGCUUUCACCUGACCGAGUAGAUCAACCUGUUACGGAGACUUCAAUUCAGUCUUCGAGACCUGUUGCCGAGACAUCGGCGCCAAUCCCUGAGGCUUGCUCGGAACCAUUACCAGAACCAUUACGAGAAUCACCACCAGACUCAUUGCCAGAGCCAUUAUCGGAACCUCUAUCAGAAUCACCACGAGAACCACCCAUAGAAGAUAUCGAGCACCUAUCACAUUCAAUAGAAAUUGAAGAGAGCGAAUCUGGUGAAAUGCCUCGGGACUCUCAGUCAGGCGAUCGAAGCAAUAUAAAAAUGGAGUAUCAUAGAGGGACUUUCACUGUUGACCUUCCGGGAUGGCCCAGUUCUGCAAGCCCAUGCCUUUCCAAGAAUAAAUUUUCAGCUAACAGCCAAACAUCCCCAAAGGGUAUGAAGCGCAAGGUUGAGUACAUAGAAGGUGAAGCCGUCUAUUCCUGUCCCAUCGGCCCGAAACGACGCCGCGGCAGACCUUUUAAAGAUUAUCAUGCAAUCGUUUUAGACCCUUCGCCGGCAGACUCUUCUCAAGCUUCGACACCGACAUCACGCCAAAGUUCACAAGUGGGUCUGAGUGGCAAAAAACGAGGCCGUCCAUUUGGAAGUAAGAAUCGAGUAAAAUCGGAGACUAUAGAUCACAAUCAGCCAAUGAAUAUUAUAGGAACAAUCAGACCUACGGGCCAGCCUCAAUCUGCUAAGAAAACUCGGGAAAUUCUACGUGAUUUAUUUAACGCAGAACAAGAUUUCAUAGAACAUCCGAUCGCCUGCUCUGGAGUACCAACACACAUUCAGGCUAAUUCUAGUUCGGCCAUUAAUGCUACAAUUCCAGACUUGCAGUCACCCUCUGGCCGUGUUGUUCCAUCAGACAAAAGGGCUCGGCGAGAUCUUGAUCCUGACUAA